GGUAUGUUUGUCCUGGGCCUACCCUACGCUAUUCUGCAUGGAGGAUACUUAGGACUGUUUUUAAUUAUUUUCGCUGCGGUGGUAUGCUGCUACACUGGCAAAAUUCUCAUCGCGUGCCUCUACGAGGAAAAUGAAGACGGGGAGAUAGUCCGGGUGAGGGACUCCUACGUGGACAUUGCCAACGCCUGCUGCUCUCCCAGGUUCCCCAAACUGGGAGGGAGGAUAGUCAAUGUGGCUCAGAUUAUCGAGUUGGUCAUGACGUGCAUCCUCUAUGUAGUGGUUAGUGGCAAUCUGAUGUACAACAGCUUCCCCAGCUUGCCGGUCUCUCAGAAGUCCUGGUCUAUCAUCGCCACUGCGGCGCUGUUGCCCUGCGCCUUUUUGAAAAAUCUAAAGGCCGUCUCCAAAUUCAGCUUGCUCUGUACCUUGGCCCACUUCGUAAUCAACAUCCUAGUCAUCGCCUACUGCUUGUCCAGGGCCCGGGACUGGGCUUGGGAGAAGGUCAAGUUUUACAUAGACGUGAAGAAGUUCCCCAUCUCUAUAGGCAUCAUCGUCUUUAGCUACACCUCACAGAUCUUCCUCCCGUCCUUGGAAGGCAAUAUGCAGAAGCCCAAGGAGUUCCACUGCAUGAUGAACUGGACGCACAUCGCUGCCUGCGUGCUCAAAGGCCUCUUUGCACUGGUGGCUUACCUGACCUGGGCGGACGAGACCAAGGAGGUCAUCACCGACAACCUGCCAUCCACCAUUCGUGCUGUGGUCAAUAUUUUCCUGGUGGCCAAGGCGCUGCUAUCCUAUCCGCUGCCCUUCUUUGCCGCUGUGGAAGUGCUGGAGAAGUCCUUCUUCCAGGAAGGCAGUCGAACCUUCCUCCCCAACUGCUAUGGGGGAGACGGUCGACUGAAGCCUUGGGGGCUGACGCUGCGCUGCGCGCUAGUGGUGUUCACGUUGCUUAUGGCCAUCUACGUGCCGCAUUUUGCGUUGCUCAUGGGCCUCACUGGAAGUCUGACCGGCGCUGGCCUCUGCUUCUUGCUGCCCAGUCUCUUCCAUCUCAAGCUGCUCUGGCGCAAAUUACUCUGGCACCACGUCUUCUUCGACGCAGCCAUUUUCCUCAUUGGUGGCAUCUGCAGCGUGUCCGGCUUCGUGCACUCCCUGGAGGGGCUCAUCGAGGCUUACCGAACCAAUUCAGAAGACUAA